UUGCGUUUGAAAUCAGAUCAUUUGUUCGUAUAUAUCUGUACUGUAAUUGUCCUCAAUAACAAUCUCAAGGCCAUUUUCUUCUAAUAACUCUUUUUUACUCUUGACAGGCGCAAGUUGUACUCCAUUGAUUGUAUUCAACCGGAUCAUUCAUAGCAGAGGGAACCGAUAGGAAGCGUACACUCCGGGAUAUCCGACCAUGUCUACAGUCGGAAAGACCAUCACCUGCAAGGCCGCCGUCGCCUGGGAGGCGGGCAAGGAACUGAGCAUUGAGGACAUCGAGGUUGCACCCCCAAAGGCGCACGAGGUCCGUAUCGAGAUCUACCACACUGGUGUGUGCCACACAGAUGCGUACACCCUGUCCGGCAAGGACCCCGAGGGUGCGUUCCCCAUCGUCCUGGGGCACGAGGGAGCUGGUAUCGUUGAAUCGGUUGGUGAGGGCGUGACCAACGUCAAGGUUGGCGACCAUGUCGUUGCUCUUUACACCCCCGAGUGCAAAGAGUGCAAGUUCUGCAAGUCCGGCAAGACCAACCUCUGCGGCAAGAUCCGCGCCACCCAGGGCAAGGGUCUCAUGCCCGACGGCACCUCGAGAUUCAAGUGCAAGGGCAAGGACCUGCUGCACUUCAUGGGCACCUCAACCUUCUCCCAGUUCACCGUCGUGGCCGACAUCUCGGUCGUCGCCGUGCAGCCGGAGGCCCCGAUGGACCGUACCUGCCUGCUGGGCUGCGGUAUCACCACCGGUUACGGUGCCGCCCGCGUGACCGCCAACGUCGAGGAGGGAUCCAGCAUUGCCGUCUUUGGUGCAGGCUGCGUCGGCCUGUCGGUCGUGCAGGGAGCCGUGAUCAACAAGGCCGGCAAGAUCAUCGUCGUCGACGUGAACCCCGCAAAGGAGGAGUGGGCUCGCAAGUUCGGCGCGACAGACUUUGUCAACCCGACCAAGCUGCCCGAGGGCAAGACGGUGGUGGAUGCUCUUGUUGAGCUGACGGACGGCGGCUGCGACUACACUUUCGACUGCACAGGCAACGUACAGGUUAUGAGGGCCGCGCUCGAGGCUUGCCACAAGGGCUGGGGUGAGAGCAUCAUCAUCGGUGUGGCAGCCGCUGGUCAGGAGAUUAGCACAAGGCCGUUCCAGCUCGUCACUGGGCGCGUCUGGAAGGGUUGCGCGUUUGGUGGCAUCAAGGGUCGGUCUCAACUGCCGGGCCUGGUUGACGACUAUCUCCAGGGCAGGCUCAAGGUUGAUGAGUUCAUCACCCACCGCAAGACGCUGGCUGAGAUCAACAAUGCAUUUGAGACUAUGAAGCAAGGAGACUGCAUCCGUGCAGUUGUCGACAUGAGGGCCACUUAAGGUACCACGAUCGACUGCCAAAUAAUAUAAUACGGAGUCUUGACAAGUAAUCGGUUGUUUCCCGUUUGGGUGUGUCGUGAAUGCAUGAUUGUGUUUCGGUUGUAGUUUGUGCGAUUAAGGGGGCGUACCGGAAACAAUAAGUCAGAGGACUCACAUG